UUUUUUAAAUUUAAUUGCAGAAAAAAAAAUUAUACUUGCGAUCCGUUUUUUUUUUUUUAAUUGAAGACAUUUUUUAUUUUUUGUAACAUUUUUGUGUGUUUGUGGAAUUAGGGCAGUCAUUUCCCUCCACGCACACGCACACACCCCCUCCGUGUUGUAUCAUGCGGUGAUGUUCGCUGUUGCAAUGUUACAGUGGUCGCCGAGGCUGCCUCGCUCCCAUUGGCCGAGCCGCGUACCACGUGGUGGGGGCAGUCACGCGCUUUCCAGGAAGUGUGGAAGGAAGAAGGAAAAACAAAACAAAGCCCUGCGAGCAGUGACAGCGUGAGGACUAAAACCCUGGAAGCUGCGGUACCAAAAAAAAACAAGACUUUUUUUUUUGUUUCUUUUUUUAAAAGAGCUUUUCUUGCACGCUGAGAGACGCCGACGGCGCCCGCCUGGAGCAUUAAUGGUGCUGCGGGGAGGCGUGGCCGGCAGACCGACAGCGAGGCGUGGCACGCCGGGGCCGACCCCGAGAUGGCGGCGAGGAGGCGUGGCCGGCGGGCCAGCGGCGAGGCGGUGCGCGCCGGAAUCGACGCCGAGAUAGAUGUCAGGUUCGUGGAUCGCCCACCUUAUAUAAUCUCCUCUCGAUGAAUAAAGGGGCGGCAGCCGAGAACGACGGGGCAGUAGAAGGAGGUGGAGAACCAACAGUGGAUGCAGCGUGGAAGAGAGCGAGAGGCAGACGACGACGACGCGGCAGGCUCAAAAGCGUACAGAAGAGCGAGCAGGAAGAGGAGCUGAGAAGCGACCCGAAGAGACUCAGUAUUACUGAAAAAUAAACAAAGUCGAAACUGCUCGAAGUCAUGUCAGUCCUUGGUGGUCCAUGGAACCCCGACAGUGAGAGACUGUCACAUUUGGCGGCCAAUGUGGAUGGACCACCGGAGGCGGGGGAGGAAGAUCCCCUGUGGGCUCUCGUAGGCGCGCUCGCAGCAAGCAGCCAACAGCAGUGCCGGCUCCUGCAGGUGUUGGCGGACCAGGUGGGAAGUUGUUGAAGAUGAUGAUGAUGAAGAUAGUAAAAAUGAAGAUAAUUAUGAUGAUGGUAAAGAUGAUGAUGAUGAAGAAGUUGAUGUUGAUGAAGAAGAACAAGAAGAAGGAGACCUAGAAAAAGAAGAAGAAGAAGAAGGACAAGAUGAAGACAGACAAGAAAAAGAAGACGAAGAAGGACAAGAAGACAAAGAAGAAGGAAAAGAGAAAGAAGAAGACGAAGACAAAGAAGAAGACAAAGAAGAUGAAGAGGAAGAAAAAGAACAGGUGAAAAAAGAGGAGAAGACCCGGGGCACAGGUGGUCGUGGCCGUCUUCACUUCCCGCCCCCUCAAAAAGGGGGGGGGGGGGUGAGUAGACUCAGCCGGUCGGAGUCCCGGCUUGCGUCUGGCGGUGGAGGACUGUGGGGAGGCGUGGACGGCAGACCGACAGCGAGGCGGGGCACGCCGGGGCCGACCCCGAGAUGGCGGCGAGGAGGCGUGGCCGGCGGGCAAGUGGCGAGGUGGGGCGCGCCGGGAUCGACGCCGAGAUAGAUGUCAGACUUUGAUCCGGAACGUGGAGACGUGCCUGAGCACACCGGAUUGAGCCGCCGUACUGACCCCGCCCACUCUCCCCGCCCCCACCCCAACCCCACUUUCUCCCCGGCCACCCUCAAGCCACUGGGACUGGACAGGAGGCUCGGAGGAUUCCCCCGACUCCCCCGUCCCGCGCCCCCACCCCACGCUGGAGCGUUAAGCUGUGCCUUGCGAUGCCUCAGCCCAACCUCAGUGGGAUGGAGCCUCCCUUUGGGGACGACUUUCAGAACUUCUCCUUUGCCGACCAGGCACUGACCAGCACUGAGCUGUUAGCCAACACCUCCGACCCGGAUUUCAUGUACGAGUUGGACCGAGAAAUGAGUCACCGACAGAGCCCCUACGGCGACGGCGUGGUGGGCGGCGCCGACGGCGCCAAAGAGUCUGACGGCGGCGCGGAGCAGCUGAUGUUGUCGGGCGAUUACGACACCGUGCACGGCAGCGCGGUCUUUGAGCAGUGGGACUCGUACUGGGAAGACCUGACCAGAUACACUCGCCUGGCCAGCUGUGACAUUUGGGGCACCAAGGAGGUGGACUUCCUGGGGAUAGACGACUUUUCCAGUCCUUACCAGGACGAGGAGGUGAUUGGCAGAACUCCCACCUUGGCUCAGCUCAACAGCGAGGACUCCCAGCCCGUCUGCGAGGUGCUUUACCCGCCGGUCGACCUCGGCCCCCCUGCACCGCCGCCGCAACCCGCCUGCCCCAACAAGAGACCCCCGCUCCUCGGCUCGGGCCCCGGCCUUUCCCGGCCCUCCGCAAGCUCCUCCUCCUCAUCUCGCCAUUCUCGGAAUCUCCUGCCGGACUUCCCUGAAGGUUUCCAGAAGGCCACCAGGCCGGUCCCCUCCAGCACCGAGACCAUGACAAAGACGCAGCCCUUCCUGAGCGCCGCCCCGGACCCCGGCCACGUUCCGGUCAAAGCCCAGGGGCGAGCCAGCAAGAUGGCAGCCCCCGCCUCCGGAAGCUUUGACUUUGUACGCAAGGCUAAAGUCCGCGUGAGCACCGCUCUUAAAAGUCAGGCCGACGCCCCCUCCCAGACUUACCUGGAGAGGUUAGCCGCCCCUCCCGACAACGUGGCAUCCACCUCCGGCAGCUUCGAGAGGAGGGCGGAGCCGAGCAGGAAGAGGGAGACGCCGUCGGAGUGGGCCACCGCCCCUCAGCUGGCCGAGGCCAGCCCCGAGGGCGGAGCAUCGGUGGCGAGGAGCGUGGAGGUCGUGGGCGGAGUUAGCGCUGGCGAGGGAGCGGACGUGGUCGAAGGCAGGGAGAAGAGCAAAGAAGAAGAACACAACUACUCGCUCUUCCUGACGCGAAGACGUCUGGCGGGAAGAAGCCACUCCUACCUGGAGGAGGAGGAGGAGGAAGAAGAAGAGGAGGAGGAAGAAGAGGAGGAAGAGGAAGCGGAGGAGGAGGAGGAGGACGAAGGCGACCGCCUGGAGCUGGACGAUGAAGACCACGACGAAGGUUUCGGCAGCGAGCACGAGCUGUCCGACAACGAGGAAGAGGACGAGGACGAAGACUACGAAGCCGACAAGGACGACGACAUGAGCGACGCCUUCUCCGAGCCAGGCUGCGACGCGGCGCUGAUGGACGACGACAAGGGUCUGACGGCGGGGGUGUCGAGCCACAAGCGAGGGAAGCGCCGCUACUUCUGGGAGUACAGCGAGCAGCUGACGCCCUCCAAGCAGGAGCGCAUGCUCAAACCCUCCGAGUGGGACCGCCACACGUUGCCGAGCAACCUGUACCAGAAGAACGGACCCCUGCACGGCAAGUACAUGCUGAAGAAGUCUCGGCGUACGGACGUGGAAGACCUGACCCCCAAUCCCAGGAAGCUUCUUCAGAUCGGCACGGAGCUGCGAAAACUCAACAAGGUGAUCGGCGACCUGACGCCCGUCAGCGAGCUGCCCUUCACCGCGCGGCCCUGGUCCCGCAAGGAGAAGAACAAGCUGGCGUCCAGGGCUUGUCGUCUGAAGAAGAAGGCUCAGUACGAAGCCAACAAGGUCAAACUGUGGGGACUCAGCACCGAGUACGAUCGCCUGCUGUUCGUCAUCAACGCCAUCAAGGAGGAGAUCGUCGCCCGCGCGGAGGACUCGUCUCCUCGGCCCAGCAACAUGAGCGACACGCUGGAGCGACUCAUCCAGGAGACCCUCGUGGAACCGCCUGUUGCCGGCCAGACUUCGGACUUCGUCAACAAGAUCCUGGAGACCACAGGAGGCGGCGACCCCACCGGCGGACUGGUGGGCCUGCGCGUGCCCACCUCCAAAAUCUAGACGGACGGCGGCGUGGACUCAGCGCUCCCACCGUGCUGUCCCCCUUGUAACCGCGCCCCUCUGCAUGCCCCUCCCAACCAGAUUACGCACAUGUCUAUUCACACCUGCACACUACACACACGCGUGUGUGUGUGUGUGCGUGUGUGUGUGUGUGUGUGUGUGUGCGUGCGCUUCGUGUAGCACCUUGUUGCACCUUGAAUGACGCCCUCGCUUCCUGCACAGUCCCCCUCCGCCCCCCCCGCCCCCUUUCCGACUCAUCCUGGCCGACUUGUCUUCGGCGAGCGUGUUGUUCGCAUGCACUUUGCAACACGUCAACGGCUCUUUGGUCGCCACGGCGACCGGCGAGAAAACUGCGCGCCCGCCCGCACGCGUUCCCCCGGAAAAAGGCGAGGAGAGAUGGGGGGUGGGAAACGUCCGAGGGCGGGCGACAGGAAACAGUUCGGUGCUAGUUCCCGCGUGGACGGAGUAUAAACGGGCAUCGGACGGAACGAUGAAGGCGACGCUCCUCCCGGGAGGAAGGUGGCUCCGGCCUCCCGUUGUACAGUAGACGUGAGAGCGCUCAGAGUGUGUGUUCAUACUCGUGUUUGAUCCCACUUCUAUUCAUUGUGCCUUUGUGUGUGUGUGUGUGUGUGUGUGUGUGUGCGCGUGUGUGUGGGAGGAGACGCCUGCGAGGGCCGCGAUGUGUUCAAAGAUCUUGUGAAUGUACGUAAAUAUGAGCGCUCUGCUUGCGUGAUGCCACAGAGUCACUAUGUGUGUGUGUGUGUGUGUGUGUGUGUGUGUGGCCUCUGCAGUAGGUGACUUUUGCUU